AUCGGCGACCUAAUUAUGCAUAUAUUCUUGAUGAAUUAAAUGCACAAAAGACAGCUAUCAAAUCUCAUAGACUUAGUGAUCCUAAUUCGAAAUAUGGGAAAUUACAACAAUUAAGGAUAGAGUUUAUUAAUCUUUUCAGUUUAAAUAAAGGUAAAAAUUGCAGAGAAUACAAUUUUGUUCACGGAGAAGGGAUUAUUUUACGUGAUGAUGGAGAACUAAAAAUACAAAAAACCAUCCAGUCAACUCCAAUUAUUUAUUUUUCGAAAAAAGGUUCUGUGUUUUCUGAUAUUACUAUGGAUGUAGAACCAGAAAAUGAUUAUAUAAGGAUCCAUUUUCCAAUUUGUACAGUUCAGUACCAAAGUGAGGCAACGGAUGAAUUUAUUAUUGACAUCAAAAAUACAAUGAGCAUUCCAGAUAUAAAUAAGAAACUAGAGAUGUUAAAAAAGAAAUUAAAUAACUAUGGUGAUUAUAUAGUUACUGAAGCCAUUCUUGGUGGCGCUAUUACAAUUAAAAAUUGGUCCAAGAUUGAUGAUGCAUAUAAAUCUCGUUUAAAGUCCUACAUUCAAUGGGGAAUUGACUAUGCAAAGGGCAAAAAAUUAAAUGUUUUUGAAAAUGUAUCACUUGAUGGCUUGCCUCCAUUACCUUCGUUUGAUGCCUCAGAACCUAUGAAAUGUGUUGGAGAUUUAUACAAUUGGCUUAAAGACUUAUAUCGUAAUAAAAAUCUGGAGAUAAUAUCAUAUGAAAAGAUUAAACCAUCCUAUCAGUCAUUGCCAAAUGAUUUAAUUCAGCAAAUACACCAAUGUUCUAGUCUUCAUUUAAGUAAAUACUACUCAUCAUUAGUUCCUCAAAUACCUUUUCAAUACGAUAGUAAAGAUGUUUUGGAAUGGAUAAAGUCAUCAAAACUCCCAUUAGAAUUAUACAUGCGUGACUGGAUACAAAAUAAUUUAUUGCAACAUGGGGUACUUUUACAGCAAGCUUAUCUAUUAGAGAAUGGUAUUAUUUUAAAAGAUGAAUUAGAACUUGAUAACAUCCCCUUUGCUGAAUAUAAUUCAUCGCUUGAUCGCCCAUUAGUGGAUUUCAAGAAUUCUAAAUGUUCUGAUAAAGUUUAUUGCCAAGUAAUUUUCCAUGCGGUGAAGAUUUCUUUUGACCCUUCAAGCAUCAAAUACCUGCAACAAUUUUCAGAUGCGGUGGACUCUACUUUAGAAACUCAUGAACCAUUUAAAAAUCUCUGCACACUGUUUGGAAAUGAUUAUGGACAUUUGUUAUCAAGAACUUUUACUUUAGGUGGAAUUUUAUCAAGAUCGUUUAAACCUCGUAAUGACCUAACAAAUUUCAUACAUGCACGAAAAUUUGAAUUUGAUGUAAAUGAUCCUGAUGCGCCUCAAGAAAUUGAAGAAAUUUUAAAAAUAUGGAGUGGAGAAUCACAAGAUAUUGAUACUUCAUUAUUUCUUAAUAAUAAUGGGGAUAUUAUUCGUCGCAAUAAUAUUGGAGAUUGGUGGAAAACUCUUGCUGAUAGUCCUAGCAAUUGGAAAGUUAUAUCUUCAGAAAAUUGGAUGCCAUUAUAUAAAGUUUUAGAUAAUACACAUCAAAAUAUUGAAGCCAUUUUGAAUAAUGAAUUUCAUCUCGUUUUUAAUGGAAAAGAAUCAUUAAAUAAGAAUCAAACCACAGUAAUUAUUAAUUUUCCUGGACCAAUUGAAAAUAAUUAUUAUAUUUUUGGAAAUGUUGUGAAAGAAAAUAAUGAUGGUGAUUGGGAAAUAAUUCCAGAGACUACUGUUCAAUUUAGGUAUCAAAAUAAGGACGGAUGUGCUGCAUAUAUUCUCAACAAUAGCAAUUUAAAAUUUCUUUGGUUUGUGCUUGCUAAACCAAAUGGAUAUUAUAGUAAUAAGAACAGAAAUGUUAAGUUCGCCUAUGGUGAACUUGACAUUGAUAAUAGUCAGUCGGAGAUUACAUUGAAUAGUGAAAAUAUAUAUUCAAAUUGCGUUCUUAUGACUUCAUUUGUUCCCAAAACACAAGAUGACACAAUCAUUCAUGAUAUUACGCUCAAAGCUUGGACAAAAGCAACGAUUGAAUUAAAAGUUCAGAGAAAAGAACGAGAUGAUAAUUUAAAUCAGGAAGUUAUAAAGAAGAUUGGACUAAUUGACUCUUCAGAUGAAGAUUCAAGCGAUUCUGAAAGCACAUUUGGAAAUAAUUCAGCACAAGGAUCUCAUGAGAAGACGACUCUUCAAUGGUGUAUAAUUUAUGCAAACGAAAGAGAACCAAUGAAAAGUGAAGAUAAAGGAUCAUAUCCGUGGAAUUUAUUUGGAAUCGUUCUUGAUGAAAAUUUCAAAAAAAAUUAA